GAGGAGCCUAUUCAGGCCACAGUGACUCCUUCUCCAAGGGCCCAGAGUCCUCCUGAAGAACUGUCCACUGACACAGAUGUUGAACAUUCUCCCCGCGCAUCUCUCUUGCAGCCUGAGGAUGGGGUGGUUGUCCCUAAUGAGUAUGAUUCUGAAGGGGAAAGGAGUCUCACCCCUGACCUGAAUGGUGGUUCCCCUCCUCCAAGAGGGAUUCCCUGUUAUCCGGCUGACAUGGCUGAUAUUAUAGCAGCUGCCAUAGAAAGAGGCAUUGCUGCUGGUUUGCAACAUCACACUGCUGUGCCUUCUACCUCCCAAGCAGCUCAUUCUUCUAAGAAAGCUAAACCUUCCAGGGCACAGGGGGCACCUAAUGAUUCUUUAUCUCAGGUUUCAGAGGUGGAGGAACAAGUCUCCAGGGAUUCUGACCUUUCUGAUGAUGAGGAUCUCAUGCCUGCUCCUUCCUCCUUGGAAGGACUGUUUAAACCUGUGUUAUUUCGCUCCCUUCUCUUAAAGGCGAAGAAGGUAUCUGGCAUUCCUGCAGCCAAGCCAUCUGUCACAAUGGAGCAGGACAAGACUGACAUGACUGAUCCUCUGUUUUCCAGGCCUAUAGUGGAAAAGGACGUGGUCCCUUCGCCUAAGCUUUUUCUGGAGGUAUUCCAGAUAAUGGUGGUGUCUGCUCCUAACGCUGCCACAGCUGCAUCUGAGGAUGCCCUCCACCCGGAGGACAAAAGGUUUGAUCAGACUUUGGUCAAGGGGUAUCAGGCCUCUGCAUGGGCACUGCAGGCUUCUUCUUCUGCCUCUUUCUUUAACAGGGCAGCUUUGCGUUGGCUGAAGCAACUUCAAGAGAGACUUCCUCCUUCUGACACGAGAACCCACAAGGACUUAAACAGACUUAAGGCUGCAAUGGAGUAUUCCGCGGAUGCCUCUUUGGAUGCAGCACGCUUCGUUCCAAGGCCAUAGCUUCUUCGGUGUCCACGCAAUGUCUUUUGUGGCUCAAAUAGUGGCAGGCAGAAGCCAGAGCUAAAUGGAGACUGGCUUCUGCACCAUUUUCUGUGGAACAUCUAUUUGGGCCUCUAUUUGAACCUAUGCUGGUUGAGUCUAAAGAUAAGCGAAAGGUUCUGCCUUCUGCUACGCGUAAGACUGAUAAUAAAUAUUUUUCCUCUUUCUUUUGCAGGCAGCCCUUUCGGAACACGGAUGGGGGUUUCAAUUACUCCCAUCAACAGUCAGCCUUCCCCCAGGCAGGGAUCUGCUACUUAUGACAGGUCAGGCAAGAGUAACCAACAUUUCACAUACAGAAAGUGUUACAAGGGAGCUUCUAACUGUCCAUUCAAGAAGCAGAAGUGACUGUGAGUUCCCUUCCCAUUGGAGGUUGCUUGGCGGCCUUUGCAGAUCAUUGGGAUGCCAUCACCAAAGAUGUGUGGAUUUGCCGCACCAUCAGAUUCGGAUUGGCUCUGGAGUUUCUCUCCAGCCCCCCCCACCCCAGCACUUCGUCUCAUGUCCGGUUUCCAGGGACAUCAUCAAAAGAAGGUUGGUGGAAAAAACUAUCCAGCAUCUCCUUCAGAUUCAGGUCACAGAGGAGGUCCGUUCUAACCAACUGGGUUGGGAUUUUUACUUCCAUCUCUUCAUAGUGCCGAAGUCUUCGGGGGGUUGGAGAGUGAUUCUCAACCUCAAAUGUCUAAAUUACUAUGUAGUUUAUCGGAGGUUCAAGAUGCAUUCCCUGCAAUCCAUCUUGGAGAGUGUUCGCCCAAAUGACCACCUCUCCUCGGUGGAUCUCAUGGAAGCA